AUGGAAUCAUUGAUGGAUGACUGGUCGGCCCUUAAUCCUGAUUUGUUGGUGGAGAUAGCCAAACGCAUACCAGACAUAGACGAUUUCAUGGCAUUCAGGGUGUUUGCACUUCGUGGCGAAUCGCAGCCACCAUGGAUAAAUUUGGUCCUUCAUGGCCAAGAGUUCCAAGCCAAGGGUAAACGACGCAUCGAAGUGAGGUUUGGAUGGUUACUAACCCUAACUGAUUCCGGAGAUGUCACUUUGUUGAACCCUCUCUCUGGUAGACAGUUCAAACUACCUAAUUUCCGAUUUUUUCAUAGAUUUAGAUCUAAUGAUCCUAAUCCUUCCUGUUUGUUUAUAACCAAAGCGGUAUUGUUAGAGAAUCCAUCCGAGGUGUCAGAUUUUACUUUAGUGGCUAUUUGUGGUCGUAAGUUUUUAGGUUUCUGGAGGCCUGGAAAUAAGAAUUGGACCCGGAUAAAGACAGAAGAAAAAGUUUUCCUUGAUAUGACUUAUCACAAGGGAAAGUUGUACGCAAUCAAUGGUGCGGGUAACAUUUGGAGUUGGGAUGGUAAUUCGCCGGCCGGCGUCAAGUUUGCCGAUAUUGUCCUUUCCAUAAAUUAUUCGCUACUUCCUUCUUAUAGACAAAUAUAUUUAGUGGAAUCGUCACCCUCAUCAAGCAUGGAAGGAAAACUGUUGAUGAUUUUACGAUUAGAGAAUCGUUACGACCAAAAGGAUAGAUACAACCAUGAUGAGCCGGACCGAAUAUUUAAGAAGUACUUUUACACACGGCAUUUCAGAGUGUAUCGAUUGGAUACAGUGAAAGGGGACUGGACUGAAAUUUCUAGUUUGCGAGGUGAUACCUUGUUUGUUGGGGGCAAUGCAUCAAUCUGUGUCUCAGCCACAGAAGCAAAGAGAAGUGGAAUUAAACCUAACUCCAUAUAUUUCACUGACGAUUACCUGGAAUCAUUCCCAACAAUGGGAGGAGGCGGCAGGGAUAUGGGAAUCUAUGAUGUUGAAAACGCAAGUGUUGAACGUUUUGGUGGCCUUGACGUUGGCCUUGACGUUGAAGACAAGUCCGUUAUAAGCUUCAUUUGUCCACCUUUUUGGGUUUCCCCGAACAAUUAG